AUGUCGGCGUGUCACUGGGGUCAUGAGCAUCGGUCUCGAGUGUGGUUAUCGAUCGACCUUUCGACAUGCGCCGUUGGUGCGAGCGCGUUGGCAAGCGUUGUCACUGGCCUCGAGGGCAGAGUCUUCCAGGUGUACACCGCAAUUGGCGCAGCACCACAUAUGCAAGCUGAUGUCGUCGGAGAUACAGACCGGGCUGAUACGGCUAGUGGUUCAGGUUCAGGUUCAGUCGGAACCCCACGUGAGGAUGGAGGCGGAGCUACCGGUAGGUAG